AUGACUGAAGAUAAUAUUCAAUUACCAGAUUAUCUUUGUUUUAAACCAUCCAAAGUUAAAAUUGGACAGAAUGGUCUAUUUGCUACACGAACUUUAAAACCUAAUGAACCCUUAGGAGUGUAUCGUGGAAAAAUUCGUCGUAUUUUACCUCAAACAGCUGAUGAAGAAUAUGUUUGGGCUAUUUUAAGUUCUCGUGGUGUCACCGUGUUUUAUAUAGAUGCAAGUAAUCCCAAUGAUGGAAAUUUUCUUCGUUUUAUACGAUGGACACAUGAUAAAUCACAACAAAAUAUUGUUUGUAUGCAACAAAAUCAACAGAUUCAUUAUUUUUCAUUACGAACAAUCCAUCCCGAUGAAGAAUUAUUAACAUUUAUUGAACAACAAAAAUCAAAAAAGAAAGAUAAAAGAGAAAAUGGUCGAACACGUCGUGAAACUCGACAACAACAAUCAACUGAACAUCAAGAUAAUCCUGCAAUAAAAAUUUUCGAACAAGAUCCUGGCAAUGAAUUUAUCGAUGAUGAUAAUGUACAUUUAGUUAUGAAUAAUCGUUCAUUAGAAUUUGAAUUACAAAUAACAAAAAAAUUUCUCUCCGAAACAUUUAUUAGCGAUGGAGUUAAACAGACAUGUCUCAAAUGUGAUAUUUGCCAUCAAAUUUUCAUGUCAAAUGUUGCAUUUAAAUUUCAUUAUCAUACAUAUCAUAUCACACCACAAUAUUUAUCUCCAGCAAAUCGUCCACGUACAAAAGUACGUGAUAGUUGUAAUAUAUGUCGAUACUCUUUUAUUGCUAAUGAUGUAAAAAGUGUCGUUGUCGAUUUACUCGAAGUUGUUGCGGGUGGUGAACGCUUACAAGAAAAUCGUUAUCUUCGUUUACAUAUCUAUCGUUGCCAUUGGUGUGCUCCUAUAGAUGCACAUUAUAAUACAGCUAAACAAUUAUCUCAACAUGUCCGUUCAAAACAUUAUCGUUUAUUACAAGCACUACUUGCUACACAAGCAAAUCGUCUUCAAAAUAAUUCCAAUCAAACUCGUGGAAAACGAUCUCGUGAUAAUGAACAAGAUGAAAAUAAUUUUAAUUCCAAUUUGUCAUCAUCAACAUUACAUCAAGAACGCAAUCAUCGCUCAACAAAUUUUCUGCAAACAAAUAAUAAUCAUGACUCUUCACAUCGUUUACCAAUACCUAUUGGUUUACCUGAUCCUUUAACAGAUCGUGAUUGUCAACAAUUAUUUACUAUUGGUGAACAAGUUGCAUAUAAUGUUUCAAAUUGUAUUGAUGGUACACUGGAAGAUAUACAACAAAAUGAAACAUUUUGUCGCCAACAUAUGGAUGAUGAUAGUGAAACUACAAAAUUAACAUCGAUUGAACAUUUCCUAACACAAUAUCCACUUGUACGUGAAUUAUUAGGACCAAGACGUCGGCAUGAUACUGUUAUACAACAUUUAUCUGAUGAUUAUUUUGAUCAUCCGAAAAAUCAAAAUAUUGAUAUGAGUAAAUAUUAUCAACGACAAAAAUCUAUACCUGAACGACGUUUUAUUAUGAAUCGAUAUUUAUGUUUAUUAUGUACGGAACGUUUUUCAUCGCCCAUUGAACUGAUUGAGCAUGAGAAAAAAAUUCAUCAGAAAAAAGUUUCACAAUACGAUUGGGGAUGGAAUUCAAUUGGAUUUCUUCAAUCAAAUCCGUAUGCUUUUAUAUUAGAAUUAGAAAAUGAAUUAAAACAACAACAAGAACGAACAAAACAUGAAUCACAAAGUUUUUUAAUGAAUAAUAAUAAUAGUUUAAGAAACAAAGUAGGUGCACGACGUCGUUCUACAUCGUCAAACGAUCGAUCGCCAAUAAUUAAACAAGAAGAUAUUAAACCACCACCACCACCACCGAGAACUUCUUCAAAGCGUAUUAAACGAGAACUUCAACGAUCAAAUACAUGUCCUGUUUUAGACAAUAAUUCACCGGAAAAAGAUGAACCACAAUCGGGUCAACGUAAAUCGAAACGUUUACGAAAAUCAAAUAUGAUUUCUCCACCUCCAUCGCCUAAACCUAUUCCCGAAAAAGUUACUAUAAAAAAAGAACAAAUGAGUUCGCUCAAAUCUUCAACAACAAAAGAUACAACGAAUCCAAAUCAAAUUAUUGUUAAAACCGAUAAACGUUAUUAUUGGUGUACAAAAUGCUCAAAAGUCUAUCUUAAUUUAAUAUCACUCUAUACCGAAUCUCAUUAUCGUCAAUGUGUUGGAGAAGAUCAACAUUUUAAUGUUAUACAUGAUCCAUCAUUUUUUAAUGAUGAAAAAAUUCUUCAACAAUUACCAUCAAAUAUGAAUAAUCACAAAACAUCAUCAGAUUCCAAUGAAACAUUGAAUGAUACCAAUAAAAAAGAGUCCCUAUUUUUUUCUAAAACAACAGACGAUUCACGUACAUAUUUUAUCAAUGGAAAACCAAUACGUAUGAGUACAAUCAAUCGACCAAUAACAGUUAAAGAUCUUCGUCAACAAUUUCAACAACAAACAUCAUUCACAACAAAUAAUCCUAGCGAAGAAUAUAUCUAUCAUCAACGACAAUCACCAUCAAAAGCAACAAAAAGUCGUGCAUCACGUUCGAAUGAAAAUAAAAAUUGGUCAAAUGAAUCUACGGUUAAAGUUAUUCCAACGCCACGUUCAUUCGAUACGUUUGGUAUCAGUUCAGAUGAAGAGGACGAAGAAAAAGAUAGUAGUAAAUCAAACAUGAAACAAGAAAAACCAGAAAUUGAAAAAACACUUGUGAAACGUCGGUAUGAUUCGGAAUAUACAUCAAUCGAACAAGACGAUUUGGAUACUCAGAAACAAUUCACGUCAAAAAAAAGUCAACCUACAUCGACUGGACGAUCUGUUAAUGCUACAACUAGCCAAUCACGAUCAUCUGUGCGAAAUUCAUGGAAACAAACUGAUGAUGUUGAUCAAUCGAUGGAAUGUGCAAAAACUUCAUCGACAUCAACCAAUCGUACUCACAUACCAGAUGCAUUACAAGAUUAUGAUCAUGUAUGUGAAAAAUGUAAUAUGCCAUUCAGUAGUCAAACAUCACUUGAUGAACAUCAAAAUGGACAAUGUUUAGAAAUGAAUGUUCUUGCAUCGUGUGGUUCAUGGUUUCGUUGUCCAUUAUGUUCGUUGACAUAUUGUGAUGCUAAUCUCAUGUCAUUACAUAUAAAUAAGACACAUCGUGAUGUACUUAAAAAUAAUCAACGAGCUCAUUCUCAACGUCGAUCAAAUACCAAUCGUAAUAAUCUAACGAUGUCAACAUCACGAUCUGAAAAUCAUCGUCGUAAAUUUUCGUAG